AUGGUGAGUGCAAACUGGUACAAAAUCCACGCCCUACCAGACUAUCGCUUCCAAUCACCCAUGAGCACCACCGACCCCAGAAAGAAGAUCGAGAAAUCAAAACACAUCGCCGCAGCAUAUACCGUCUCCAACCUCCUCCGCUCCGAAGAGCACAUCGAUCGCACCUUCGAAUCCUUCCUCGCCUGGGUGGACAAUUACGCAACCACGAAGAAACCAAUGCAUCUCAACACCUACAUAUCCUACCUAACCUUCGACGUAAUCGGCGAAAUCGUCUUCUCCAAACCCUUCGGCUUCCUCGCCCAGGGCAAAGACAUAGGUAACUCCAUCUCAAAUUCCCUCGCUCUGAACGCGUACAUAGCCGUUGCCGGUUAUUUCCGCUGGCUUAACAUCGCACUGUUGGCCAAUCCAAUCAUGACGUGGCUGUCCAUCCUACCAAUGGGCCACCUCUUCGAUACUGUGACAUCAGUGUUGGCGGAUCGGGAGAAGAAUGAGAAUGCGAGGUAUGAUGCAGUGCAGUUCUGGUUUAAGCAGCAUGAGAAGUAUCCGGAGAAGUUUACCAAACGCGAGAUUGGUACGCAGGCGCUUGCGGCUGUGGGUGCGGGGUCGGAUACGGUGGCGGCGGGGAUGCAGGCGUUUGUUUAUUAUAUGAUGAGGCAUGAGAAUGCGUGGGAGCGCGCGCAUAAGGAAGUGGCGAAGGCGGUAAAGAACGGGUUGUGUGGAGAUCGGGUGGUGUCUUAUGCUGAUGCGCAGCAACUUAGUUUUGUGCAAGCCUGCGUGAAGGAAACGCUUCGCAUCUUCGGACCAGUGCCCAUGGGCCUUCCGCGUAUAGCGCCCAAAGGAGGAUUGGUAAUUGGAGAUCGCAUCAUACCUGAGGGCACUAUUGUGUCAAUCAACCCAUGGGUGAUGCACUACUCAAAAGAGAUAUGGGGUGCCGAUGCACAUGCUUUCAACCCAGAUCGAUGGUCGAACGAAGACAGCGCUGCGAAGGAGAAGUACUGGAUACCUUUUGGCGCAGGUUAUGGAGGCUGUCCAGGUCAAAACAUCGCUAAGAUCGAACUCGCGAAGAUCGCAGCGACGUUAGUCAGAGACUACAAGAUCAAGCAAGUGGACCCUACGCAAGACUGGCGGUGGAAAGCCUACUUCACGGUUGUACCGCAUUCAUGGCCAGUAUACAUCGAGAAGAGGGUAUGA